CAAACCAAAACCAAUAAACCGAAACAAGAAAGCAUUCAAAAAACAGAAGCUCGGACAGGAAGGACGAUUCAAGAAGAGAAGAGACAGAGAGAUUAGGAAAUCUAAUCAAAGUAAUAAUGUUCAGCAGCCUGAUAGUGUUAUCAGUUGCUCAUCUAUCAGCGGAUACAUGGCAGCGGAUAUCAUGUAUAGGAUUACAAGACCGGAUAAGCAGUCACCAGUUGUUGGAUCUGGUCUGCUGUUUUCCUCUUCAGCAACUCGGCCGUCUCGCCCUCUGCAUCUGGACCUUCCUCUGCCUUCCUCCGCCCGAUUCGUUUUACUCUUAUUCCUACUCCUCCGACGACUCCGAUUCGGAUGAUUCCGAUAACGAUCGGGAUCACCGUCAUCAUCAGCAACAGAGUCAUCAACAGCGUGACUCUUCUUCUUCAUCUACUGUCGAUCUCGAUGCGUACUACUACGAGGCCAACUCCCAUUCGGAUUGAUUGGUUCUGCUGGCGCUCUACACCUUCCGCGUUUUGUAAAUGCAGGACUAAAAGUAAAUUCUUGGAUAGCCUUUUGACCAUGUUACACAUAUUCGUGCUUGAAAAAAGUGGUUGAGAACAGAUUAUUGUGAGGCAACUUUAGGCAUACUUGUCAAUUACUUGCAGGUUAUUGUUGGACGAGGUGAAUAGUUUCUCUCCAAGUAAGAAAACUUGAAGGACUCUGAAGCUCUUUUUGUAAGGUUGUGCUCUUUUUGUAUAGCUUCAGCUUUAGAUAAUGUUAGAUCUCAUAGCUCAGUAAUAUAUGCAAAUCACUACAUAAUUGCAAGUCACCCUAGAGGAAAAAUACUUAUAUAUUCUUUUGUCGCUCAUUCAUCUUUUUCUUUUUUUAUUUUUUCUUUUGUGAGAUUGAUGUUUUUUUCUCCAUAUAGGAUAGGUUUUGGCCUUAUUUCAUCAACAAACAUAUAGGAUCUUUAUGUAAUCUUCCUCUUUGUGCCA